GCGAGAGCGGGGCUCGUUUCUCCGUGGAUACGGAAGUGACGUGCAGUCGCAGUCCACUCCACGGGUAGAACGGGUCGGAGGAGCGUAAACAGGGUUUUGCUAUUCUCUGUCGCCGUCUCCAUCUUUAAAAGUCUGCCGCGCAGCACACCGUCCUGUGGGGAGCAAGAUGGGGGCAGUCCUCGGUCUCUGCUCCAUGGCGAGCUGGCUACCAUGUUUAUGUGGUAGUGCCCCAUGCCUACUGUGCCGAUGCUGCCCCAGUGGAAACAACUCCACCAUCACAAGGGUGGUAUAUGCACUCUUCUUGCUUCUUGGAGUGGGUGUAGCUUGUGUGAUGCUAAUACCAGGAAUGGAAGAACAGCUGAAGAAGAUUCCUGGGUUUUGUGAUGGCCAUGUAAAUUGUGACGUUCUAGUAGGGUACAAAGCAGUGUACAGGGUGUGCUUUGGCAUGGCCAUGUUCUUUCUCCUGUUCUCCUUAUUGAUGAUCAAAGUGAAGAGCAGUAGUGAUCCCAGGGCAACAGUGCACAAUGGAUUCUGGUUUUUUAAGUUUGCCACAUUAGUUGCAAUUACGGUCGGAGCAUUUUUCAUUCCAGAGGGACCCUUUACGACAGUAUGGUUUUAUGUAGGCAUGGCUGGUGCAUUCUGCUUCAUUCUUAUCCAGUUGGUUUUACUGAUUGAUUUUGCCCACUCCUGGAAUGAAUCCUGGGUUGAAAAAAUGGAGGAAGGGAACUCAAGAUGCUGGUAUGCAGCUUUACUUUCUGCAACAGCACUAAAUUAUCUUCUAUCUCUGGUGGCCAUUGUCCUAUUUUAUGUUUAUUACACUCACCCAGAAGGUUGUUCUGAAAAUAAGGCAUUUAUCAGUGUCAAUAUGCUGCUUUGUAUCGGCGCAUCUGUCAUGUCAAUUUUGCCUAAAAUUCAGGAAUCGCAACCAAGAUCCGGGUUGUUGCAGUCAUCUGUGAUAACAGUUUAUACCAUGUAUCUAACAUGGGCAGCAAUGACCAAUGAGCCAGACAGGCAAUGCAAUCCAAGCUUGCUGAGCAUAAUUGGCUAUAAUUCCACAAGUCCUCCAAGCCAGGGUCAAUUUGUCCAUUGGUGGGAUGCCCAAGGAAUUGUAGGGCUCAUCCUGUUCUUACUGUGUGUUCUCUACUCAAGUAUCCGGACAUCCAAUAACAGCCAGGUCAAUAAACUGACACUAACUAGUGAUGAAUCAACACUGAUAGAAGAUGGGCUUCCUAGAAGUGAUGGCUCCCUCGAUGAAGGAGAUGAUUUCCACCGUGCUGUUGAUAACGAGAAAGAUGGAGUUACUUACAGUUAUUCAUUCUUUCACUUCAUGCUUUUCCUUGCUUCACUUUACAUCAUGAUGACUCUAACCAAUUGGUACAGUCCCGAUCCUGCCUCUGCCUCAAUGACCAGUAAGUGGCCAUCUGUGUGGGUAAAGAUAUCUUCCAGCUGGAUUGGUAUAGUCCUCUACGUGUGGACUCUGGUGGCUCCACUUGUCCUAACAAACCGCGACUUUGACUGAGCCAAGCAUCUCGUCUGAAAGUUGUAUUUUGUUGCUUACUUGAAGCUAACAGUAUUCCAUACUAAGAUGUAUUUGUAAAUAUGUGUGUGCGUGAAUGUACUCUCUGUGUAGUUUAACUUGUUCUGCAUGGUUACUUUUAGAUCAUGUUUUUCCAUUUCAGUGACUGUUUUCUAGCUGAGCUUAGUGAUGAUUGCUGCUAGAUGGGAUAAUAAUUCUGUGUGUGUUUACACAGUCACUUCUGCAGUCUCCUUUUAAAAGCAAAAAGUGUGUGUGCAGGUUUGGAGUGCAAAACCAUCUCCUGCUUACAGGUUGUUUCCCUUCAGGUCCCCUCUGGACACUUUUCCUGCAGCUGGGGUUCUAAUACAAGAAGGAGCAUGCUGAGAGAAAAGUAUAUCUGAAGAGAUACAGGAAGGUGAAAGUGCAGUUCCCCUCAUCUGAGUGCCCUUGAUAGUGUUGAAAUUGGAUUUCCCACCCCUUCUUUCUAUGUGAUUGGGGCAGUUCUGUGUGGAAACGGUUGCUGCCAUCACAUCUACUUGGGCCUUUGCUACUACAUUACUAGUGCAGAGCCCUCUUUGUUGGAAUAGCUUGCUCCCUUAAAAAAGAAAAAAGAAAAAUCACAAUCUUGGUGAUCUUUGGGGCAGGGCAGUUGAAUGUAUGGUGAGCAUGUUUGCCUCCUUUAAAGUGGCAAAGGUAACUGGCACUUUAAAGAAGGUCAUUUGCCUUGCUGUAAGUUUGUGCAGCAUGAUCUUCCCUGUCUCUUAGCAAGGGAUCAGGUUCAUGUAUCACUGCAAAUCCUGCCUUUAAAAUGACAACGCUAAGCACGAUCCCUCCCUCUCUUUUUGGAAGUGCUUUAGCAACAGAGGGGGAGAGAUCCCAGGCCCAUAGUGAAAGGCAGCUAUUUUUCCUAGGAGAAUACUGUUCUUUGUGAGACAACUUUAUCCUCCAUGAAAUGUCACCUUUCACGGCAAAAAAUGAACUCAAAACAUUCAGUUGAGCCCUGCUACUGUACUCCUAGAUCUUGUUCUGAUUGAAUGGUGUAUUCUUUUUUUAAAUGGAAGUAUUUUAAAUGCAUGUAAAUAGGCUAAGGUUGAAAGCCAAAUAGUUGCAGCUAUAAUUAGAUGGGUAACCACAAGGAAUGUUAGAAGAGGCUGUUGGGAAUGAGCUAGGAUUGUCUUUGACAGUUUUCUGGGCCUUGAUUGCAGGACUGCGUUCAAAUAAGCAAUACAGUGUUGUUUGCUUCUUGCUACUUUUAGGUGCAAUUUUAGUUGUGUACAGCAAGGAAUGGAAAAAGUGUUUUCCUAUCUCACUCAGCUGUGAUGUCUGCACUGCAAAGGUGAGGGAAUUAAAGCAAUGGAAGAGAGAGUGUGAGUGUGUUGAUGGUGGCUAGUCUUUGGGGUUGCUGUAUUACCCCAGCCAAAGUUCUUAUGGGUGGCUGGGUUAGGAGAGUCUGCUGUUAAAUCUGAUUCUGAUUAAGAUUAAGAAUCAGAUACCAGAAGCAUAGAAGCCUCUGUGUAGCUUGGGGGCUUCAGUUUGCUAAAGGAACAGAGCAUCAACUGGUGGGGGGCCAAGGAAUGUCCAGUCCGCUAAUGGGCCUUCGCUGAUGAAAAAGCAGAGCAAGGAGUAGGCUGUUUGAUCUGGUAGGGAGGGAAAGAAUGCAUCUGUGACUUAGCAGUCCCUUUCAUAAAAUCUUGAUUUAUUUAUUUUUUAAACUGGCAAAUUGAUAUUUCUGUUGAGAACUGUCACCAGGGCUAGGGUAAGCAUGCAAGGCCUAGCAUUAUUUUUUUUUAAUAUGGGGCUGGUUGCUGUGCUUGUAGAUUCGAUGAAGUAGAAGGGUGGCAUUAAAGGAACUGGAGUAAAUAUUUUCAAGGUUGCACUAGGAAUGAUUAGAAACUUGCAUGAGAUUUCUGGACAUGAAAAAAAGCUGCCAGUUUGCUCAGGUUUGCUGUUUUUCAAGUGGAGUGCUUUGGAAUAUUAGUCACACUAAUAAUGCAUGUUAUAGGUGUCAUUCAUUUUUGUAUCCGUUUGAUACUAAGGGUUUGUUUUUUUAAUGUAACCGCACUUACGUUGUUCUAACGUAACCGCUAGUGCUAAUUGCAGGAAUUGUAGUUAGUGUCCAUCAGUGCUGGAAACUGUAGUGUAUCCCAUUGCUGACAACUGGACACACCAAGAACGUAGACUACAGAUGCCUGACUCUUACAGGAUGUUUCUUUAUUAUUUUUCUUUUCUUUCUUUCACUUGAUGCUUUAUACGCCAAUCUGGCAUAUCAGUAUGUUCUUGGGAGGUAUUAUCUAGCUUAGUUAGCAAGUUGAGAAUCAAGUUAAUCCUCUCCAGCAAUAUUUGCUGGAUACAUGAACACUUAUUGAUAUUAAUUUGCAGUUAAGAACACCUGUAUUCUAUAGCUGGUCUCUACAAGGAAGUUGUUCUGUUCAAGAUAUUGGGAAACCUGAACUAUUUUAAUCUUUCAACAAAAUCUGGAACUGCAUCCUGUGUGUGUCCAUUGCUGGCAAUGGUUUGACACUUGGAAAACCCAGGAACAAUUAGGUCUUUUUUUGUAUAGUGUGCUUUGAAUAUGUUCAAAUGCUGUGCUGAUUUAACUGGAAGUACAAUUAUUGUUUGCUCUGAGGUCAAACUGGGAGAGAAUUGUAUUUCAGCUUCAUCAGUGUUCUUAUAUUGCUGUGCACUCGCUGCUUAUUACUAACUCAUGUUGAUACUUCUAAAAAAAAAUCAAAAUUACAUUGUAAUAUAUUGAAAGACUGAUUGUAAAUUCAACAUGAAGAAUGCAAUAUGGAGGUAGAUUUUAGUAUUUAAUGUUUAGUCACUUUGAGUAUAUUUGCUGUAACUAUCAAUAAACACUCAGAUAAAAUGGC